GACUCCUGGGGGGUGCGCGCGCGUGUCGUGCGAUAUCGGUGGCUGCGCGUUGACACGACGCGCGUCCUCGCUGCGCCGGCAGCAGCACAGCACAGCAUUACGGCCGCGUUACCCUCGCGACACGGAAGAGCGAGCGGAGAGUGCGUCCUGACGCGCGCGCCAACCACCUAGGCGAGGAAGCGCGCAGUCGAGAGACCCGAGCGAGGUCGAGCUGGGUCUUCGUCGUUGCUCCGACGAGAGUGCACUGUCUGUCUGGCUGGCUCCUCGCCGCGUAACGCGAUUGCUUCUGCGACUAGCCAGAUAUUAAUUCGUGCGCGAAACGAAUAAUAAUCCGUGUUGGAACGAGGCCAGAAUUCGAUCAGCCCGGCUUUUCAGCGAGCAUCGCCGAAAGUGUCGUCACGUGCGAAUACGAAUUGGUUGUAGGAGCAGUCUGCUUCCAGUCUCAUCGGUCAAAAUUCCGAAGAGCGAUCUUCCGCGCUAGCGUGUCGCGUCUGGGAUUUCCUAGGUCGUCGACCUGUGUGGUCUUCCUACCUCUCGUCGUCCUGCGCGAGUGCUUACGUAGCAUCCUACUGAGCGAAGUGCAGUUCCGUGUCGUAAUCUUUUAUCGUCUUUAAUUCUUCUGGAAAUUUCUCAGCUGUGAAUCUUCCGCGUGCAGGGCGUCUGAUAUUCCGUCGGCGUCGACGAGUCGUUUCACUCGGUCCACGCGACCAGUUGCAACUGGUCUUCUUCUCCCUACCUCUCUCUUUCUCUCUUUCUCUUACGUCGCGCCAAUCGCAGCAUGGGGGACCAGGAGCAACAGGAAACGAUGCCGAGCGUGGUGGAGUUGAACGUGGGCGGCGUCUUCUACACCACUGCUUUGACUACGCUGACCCGCGAGAGUGAUUCGCAUCUGGCUGCACUCUUCACCGGCAAGUCUGCCGUGGAAAAGGAUGCCAAGGGCAAAUAUUUUCUGGAUCGUGACGGCGUGCUCUUCCGUUAUGUAUUAGACUUCCUGCGCAAUCAGGCGCUUGUUCUACCCGAAGGUUUUCGCGAACGUGAAAGGCUCAAACAGGAGGCGACUUUCUACGGCCUGCCUGGUUUGGAGAAGGCAAUUUUGGAAAACGUUGAUUCCGGCCCAACCGGCGGCGCGAUUGGCAAACGCGGUCCAGGAUAUAUCACUAUCGGCUAUCGGGGAAGUUUUGCCUUUGGCCGCGAAGGCCUGGCCGACGUAAAGUUUCGCAAGCUCUCGCGAAUCCUCGUGUGCGGCCGCGUGGCGCUCUGCCGGGACGUCUUUGGCGAAACAUUGAACGAAAGUCGCGAUCCCGACCACGGCAUGUCCGAUCGCUACACAUCACGGUUUUUCUUGAAGCACAGCGUCAUCGAACAGGCCUUCGACAUGCUGCAGGAGCAGGGCUUCAGACUAGCGGGUAGCUGUGGCUCCGGCACCUCCGGAAUCAACUCCGAACAGCUAAAGCCCGGAGUGGACUCCGAGGAGAAUCGUUGGAAUCAUUAUAACGAGUUCGUCUUCGUGCGCGAUUAAAGGGUUUCGCAAAGCAAACAAGGUGUACUUUUGGCUGAGCAUCGUUGACGGUUCGCGCAUCUUCGAGAAGUACGAGACCGCGAAAAAAAACUUUUUCAGUUACUUGAAACAAUUCAGGCGACGAGGUGGAAACAUUCGCGAAAACACGUGUGUCUAACGUGCGAACGAAUAAAUACGGAACUCUCGUUGAUAGCAUACUCCACAGUAUGUAAUGAGAUCGAUAUGCAAUAUCAAGUUCAACAGGAGUUUGUACGAAAGCGUCGAACAAUCGUUUCACAAAGUUCUCAAUUAAUUGCGUCUCGUAAGAUUUUCCAAAGUCAUCACUGUCAUCCAUCAACGUUGGCAAAAGAGAAAUUUGGGACACUUUGACGUUCGGGAAUACCAACAUCGUCGGCCGUCCGAUACAUUAUAUCCCGAUAUUUUUUUUCUCACUUUAAUCGACUCUUUUACCAGAAUGAGAAAAAUGGGUAAGACACGACGAAGAUAGAUAUCCGCGAGCUGUCGCCUUUCGACGGUACCCUCGUCCAAAGCAUUGACAGCGCUGAAAUAACGAGGAAUUGGAUUUCUGUAUUAUGGAGAACUCAUCGAGCGUGACCACCACGUCGGACACCUUAUACGAACACCAUUUGCUUGAAGACACGACGCAGAAAAUGAUGAGCGGCGAGUCAACGUCGAACUUGAAAUUAGUCAAAAUGUUCAACAGAACGUAACAGUCGUGUUAAAGCCAAAGACAUUUCAUUAAAUUCGCGAUCGUAUAUUUUUUAUGUGUAACUUGACUAUUCAACUGUAAAUGAGUUUGAUCCACAAUUGUACAAAUAGAAUCUAAGACUUUUCUGAAUACGGCGUGUUAAGAUCUUCCCGUAAUCGGUACGUGCCGACGGCAGUAAGAAAAUUGUCAUUUCCGACAAAAAUCCGACAUGCUUCUAUCCAAGAGUCGUCGCGAGGGUGAAACGUUUAUUAAAAAGCAGUCUCGUGUAAAUCCACGAGAUGAAAGACGCCAAUAUCGGGCGUUUUUCAUUGCCGGUAGACGCGAAGUAAGACGGUGAAUGAAACGUGCACAAGAAAAGCGGAUCGAGUCGAAAGGAUGGAUGAUGUUGAAAUAUCUGCGAGCGAAUGCGUCUUGGCCACUUAAAGAGGUAACAAUGUCAGAUACGUCAGUGAUAAAUGUCGUUAAAUGCAACGGACGAGCAAAUGUAAGGAAAAUGCAAUAUGGACUCGACGUGGAUACAAGUAUCGGCUGUUAUUUAAAAUCAGAUUGAACGAGUGACGCAAUAACGUUUGCGUGUUUUUCAAUCGCGUUUGACGCGAGAGGAAAUUAAAGGUGAUGAAAAAUUUCAAUUAUCGUCUGAUAACAGGACCAUUAUUUGAAGAAAGUCUUCGAUGUUAGUACGCUGAUUGUGAGUAGUUUUAGUAUUGGUCAAAUGGUCAGGCCGAGUAAUCAUUGUUAGAUGACGGUCAGACCGAGUAGUUACUAAUAAUCGCGAGUCAGACCAAGUAGUUAGCGCUGCGCUAGAAUCGGAUUUUUCUUUAAGUAGAAAAUAUCAAGAAUGGCGACAAGAAAAAUAUUGAUACAUUGAAAAAAAAAA